AAAUAAGAGAAAAGCUUUUAUUGAAAAAAGAGUAGAUCAGUUCAAGUAAGAUGAUCAGCAGAAGAGUUUUGGGUAGUGUGAGAAAUGGAGAAACUAGCAAUAAAGGUAUUGUGCUAGGAAAGAGUAUUGAUAAGGACAAAAAUAAGAAAGAUAUCACAUUUAAUCAGAACCAAAAUAACAGCAUUGAUCAUAAUGACCAUAAUAGUAAUAGUAAUAGUAUUGAUGGUGUUGAUAAUAUUGACCGGACUAAUAAAAUUGAACAGGAUUUAAAGUGUCCUAUAUGUGAAGAGAGCAUGAUAGCAUUGUCUCAAUUGAAUAAACAUUUAGAUGAUUUACAUUUUUCUGCUCCAGAGAGUGAGAAUAAACAAAAUGACUUGGGCAAUUUAAAUAAAAUUCUAAAUGAGAAUGAUAAUCAAAAAACUAAGAAGCUCAAACAUUUAAAUGGUAAUAAGAAUGAAAAUAUUCCAGGCUUUAAUAAUAAUAAUGAUAAUAGUAAUAAUAAUAAUAACAUUAAUAAUACUGAGGCUGAUAAUAAUGUUAAUAUAUUCAAUAAAGAUAAGAUUAUUAUCAAAGAUUUAAGCUUUGAAUUUGAGAAAAGUCGUGAAAAAUAUUUAGAAGAAAAAGAGAUUGAGGUUAUAAAAUUAAGAAAAAGAAUAUAUUUAUUAAAUGAUAAUUAUGAACAAAGCAAAAGUAAUAAAAACCGGAACAAAUUUAAACAGAAUGAAAGAAAUCUAAUCAAUUGGGAAGAAGAUAAAUCAGUUAAGAAUUGUUUUAUUUGUAAUACCAGGUUUAAUUUUUUAAUUCGAAAGCAUCACUGCAGGUUGUGUGGAAAGAUAGUUUGUGAUGGAUUAGGUGAGCUUUUUGAUAGUAAUGAUCAUAGUAAUAGCAAUAUUAAGAAUAAAAAGGAUAAAAACCAGAGUAAUAGUAAUGAUAUUGAGAAAGAGAAAGAGAAAGAGAAAGAAGGAGAGAAGGAAAAUAUAAGUGAGAGAUGUUCAAUGGUUGUUCCGAUAAGUUUACUAGUAGAUAACAAGAGUAAAUAUAAAGAUAAUUAUAAUGAGAAAAAGGAAAUUGAUAAAGAUGAUAGUAAUUACAAGUUACGGGUUUGUUUGAAUUGUAAAGAAAUACUCUUUUUGAAGAAGAAUUUUAUUAAAAAUAAAAUGAAAAAUGAAAAUAAAGAAUUUUUUCGAAAUUUUAAAAUGAUUAAAAAUUACGAAAAAUUAAUCAGUAAUAAUUUGAUUUUGUUAAGAAAUUUUAAUGGUGAUAGUGCUGAUAGUGUUGACAAUGCUAAUGUCAAUAGGGUUAAAAAUAAGUUUAUCAAGUAUUUUCGCAAUUAUGAAAUGAUUCUACAAAAAAUGAGCAAAAAUCAAGGCAAGGAUGAGGAGAAUAAAAGCAGUAAUAUGGCACAAAUACAGAAAAACGUCCGAGUUUACUGUUUGAACUACUUGAAUACCAAAAUGAACGAGUUCAAAGAGAUAUGUGAUGAGAUGGAAAAUAAGAGCAAGGUUGGGAAUGGCGAUAUAAAUGGACGAAAAUCGAGCAAGUAUCAGGAGUUGGACAGCAAAACAGUGGAGGAAAUCAAGGAAAACCGGGAGAAGCUCAUCAUCAUGAAGGAGCAAAAGUACUUGUUGGAGCACCAGCUCAGCAACAUCAUCAAGCAGCGCAAGUUCGAGGACAUGCAGAUCUUGCGGGAGAACAUUAAGCAGCUCGACACGGUGAUCCAGGAGCUCUGCCAACAACUCGACGGGGAGCAGUUUAUCUGAUACCGGAAGCACAGGCAGCAUAGACAGCACGCAGCUCACACGCAGCUCACACGCAGCUCACACGCAGCUCACACGCAGCCCAUACGCAAUCCACACGCAACUCAGGGGUUGGCACGUGCCGGCGCCGCGCCCGACCGGGAGCAAACAACGCGCGCCGGCCGAAGGGGCCCGAAAUGUUCUUUACCAGCGCUUUAAGAGCCUUU